AUGGCAGAGCACCUCGACACGACCAAAGACCUGCUCGUGGCAGCAGCCCGGCUGCGCUACGCGCCGGAGACGGCGCAAAAAUGUGUAUUAUUGCACCACCGGCUCCAGGGCGUCGAGCCGAAAUCGGCCGUCGCGGCCGCGUCGCUGUUCCUCGCGGGCAAGGCCGACGAGCAGCCGCGGCGCGUGCGCGACGUGCUCAACGCCGUCGCGCCCGCCGGCGGCGUCAAAGAUUUGGAUGAGGCGUACCAUGACGCCAAGGCCGACCUCGUGGACGCCGAGCAGGCCGCGCUGCGGGAGCUGUGCUUUGACGCUUCGAUGGAGACGCCGCUCGCGCUCGCGCUCGCGCUGGCGCACGCGCUGACGCUGCGGCCGGCGACGGCGCAGCUCGCCCUGUGCCUGGCGAACGACGCGCUGUUCUCGGCCGCGUGCCGCGCGGCGCGGCCGGUCGCCGUCGCGGCCGCGGCCGUCGACGUCGCGCGCGAGGCCGCGAGCGACCCGGGCACCGGGGCCGUAACCACGGGCUGGGCGCGGCGCUUCGGCGCCGCGGACGCGGACGUGGCGGCGGCGCGCGACGUGAUCCUCGACGUCGUCGAGGCGGCCGCGGAACGGAGGCGAAAGGCGGCCGGAUAG